AUGCGUCAUCUCCUCCUCUCCCUGGUGGUUCUCCCAGCUCUUCUGAGCGCCUUCCAAGUGGUGCGCUUCACACAUCCGCCACCGUUUCCACCUGAUGCGACCCUAGGCGGGACUUUCAAACUAUUUGCUUCAUGGUAUUCGGGCUUGCUCGCAACGACAAUCCAGGAAAAAACCGCAGAAGCUUUGAACUAUCACAUGUUCUAUGUGGACAAACAGAUGCAGUUCAUUGAGUGCAACGCGGUCACGCACCUGCAUUACGACGAUUUCCUCCGCUGGUUCAAAGCAUUCAUUCUGGCUUACAGUGACCCAGUCGUGAAGAUCACUUCGAUCAUUACAACUGGUAAAGAUAUAGGAGAAAUGAUUCUGAAUGUUGAGGCAGGGACUGAAGGCGGAUUUCGCGAGAAUUUCGAUGUGAAAAUCGGCGCGAUGAGGGACGAGACUACCACCGGCUGGAAAAUUCUCAUUGUGAAUCGCGCAAUUGGAUGUACUUAA